AAAUUUUAAGUUUUUCUUUCUUUUAUUAUAGUUAUUCACCUAAAAUUUUAUGCAAAAAAUGAACUUUGUUGAAAAAUGUUCAACAAUGCGAAGGUGUCUGAUUAUAAGGAUAUCUCUAUUUAUUUUAGAAUGUAGAUAUCCCUAAAAAAUUGAAUAAAAUCAUAAUUAAUACCGUAAGAUAUUACAAAAGUUGUAUUUAAUACGUAUAAAAAACGUAUUUUAUUUAAAUAUCAUUUUAAACAACAUAAAGUCUAUACAGCAGUGUGUCGUCAUUUUGCAUAACUGUUUUUACUUUGAUUUCCCUUUUUUAAUUUAUAAUGUGAUACAACUUUUUAAUUAAAACAUAUUUGUUAAUCAGCAAUAUAUAAACAUUGAUAUAAAAAUCCCUUUUGAAAUGUGUUAAUUCUUUGUAAAUUGUUGCCAACUUUAUGGCGCGUGAAACAGUGAUGUUAGAUGGGAUAGGUAUUUCUGCGCAUGCGCAUUGAAUAUAGUAUCAACGAAGUAGUCACUCGCAUAAAACGAGAGUGCUAUAGUGCUCCCGCAUUUAAUCUUUAAAUUAUUAAAAAAUGUUGAAUUAAAUAAUUAAAAUUGUAUUAUAAACAAUAUAAUAUGAUGUUAUGAUAUAAGACAAAAAGGUGAUGAUAAGGUAAAAAACCUGUUACUGCUCAGUGCAGUCCCGCCAAAACUCUGGGGUCCGCGCCACCGUCACGUGUAAGUACUGUUGUAUACGUUGUUGUAAUUUUCAUCGUUGCAUCACGAAAAGUUGCGCAUGCGCGAAAAAACCUAUCCCAUCUAGUAUCACUGGCGUGAAAUUGAAAACCAAGCAAGGCCAGUGGCUUGAUCGUAUGUGUGUAUACAUACUUGUGCUUGAAUAGUUAACAAAUUUAGAAAAGUGCUGUUGGAUAAAAUAUUAUGAAAGCAAUGUCUCAUCAUUAUGUAGUAACAGCACACAAACCUACAGCUGUCACUGCGUGUGUGACAGGUAAUUUUACCUCACCUACGGAUCUGAAUCUGAUCCUAGCAAAAAACGUUCGAUUAGAAAUUUAUCUCGUUACUCCUGAAGGUUUAAGACCACUGAAAGAAGUUGGAAUUUACGGAAAAAUUGCAGUCGUUAAAUUCUUUAGACCACCGCAUGAAAAGAAAGAUCUUUUGUUUCUUUUAACUACUCGUUAUAAUGCUAUGAUUUUGGAAUGUAUUGGAGAAGGAGAAGAUAUAGAAAUUAUAACAAAAGCACAUGGAAAUGUGGCAGAUCGUAUUGGGAAGGCUUCUGAAACUGGAAUUAAAGCUGUGAUUGAUCCUAAGGCACGUGUGAUUGGCCUCAGAUUAUAUGAUGGUCUAUUUAAAAUCAUACCUCUUGACAAAGAUAAUCCAGAGUUAAAAGCAUCAUCAAUACGUAUGGAUGAACAACAAGUACAAGAUGUGAAUUUUCUUCAUGGAUGUGCUAAUCCCACUUUAAUUUUAAUUCAUCAAGAUAUUAAUGGCAGACAUGUUAAAACGCAUGAAAUAUCUUUAAGAGACAAAGAAUUUGUUAAGAUACCUUGGAGACAAGACAACGUGGAACGUGAAGCUAUGAUGGUUAUUCCUGUACCUUCACCUAUUUGUGGUGCAAUAAUAAUAGGUCAGGAAAGCAUAUUAUAUCAUGAUGGAACUACAUAUGUUGCUGUUGUACCACCAAUUAUUAAACAGAGUACAAUUACAUGUUAUGCUAAAGUUGAUAAUCAAGGACUCAGAUAUUUAUUAGGAGACAUGGCUGGGCAUUUGUUUAUGCUAUUCUUAGAACAAGAAAAGAAGCCAGAUGGUACACAAGUUGUGAAAGAUCUAAAAGUUGAACUGUUGGGAGAAAUUAGCAUACCAGAAUGCAUUACAUAUUUAGAUAAUGGAGUAAUAUUUGUUGGUAGCCGUUUGGGUGAUUCACAGUUAAUUAAAUUAAUCACAAAAGCAGAUGAAAAUGGUUCCUAUUGUGUUCCAAUGGAAACUUUUACUAAUUUGGCACCGAUAGUUGAUAUGGCAGUAGUUGAUCUUGAAAGGCAGGGCCAGGGACAAAUGGUUACAUGUUCUGGAGCUUUCAAAGAAGGUUCUCUUAGAAUUAUCAGAAAUGGAAUAGGCAUUGAAGAACAUGCAAGUAUAGAUUUACCAGGAAUCAAGGGUAUGUGGGCAUUGAAAAUUGGUGGAGGUAAUUUUGACAAUACUUUGGUAUUAUCUUUUGUUGGGCAAACCAGAAUAUUAACUUUAAAUGGGGAAGAAGUUGAAGAAACAGACAUUCCAGGCUUUGUUUCUGAUGAGCAAACUUUUCAUACUGGAAAUGUUACAAAUGAUUUAUUUAUCCAGAUAACACCAACAUCUGCCAGAUUAAUUUCACACGAAACUAAAACAGUUGUGUCUGAAUGGGAACCAGAAAACAAAAGAACCAUUAGCGUUGUUGCUUGUAAUGGCACACAAGUACUCUGUGCUACAGGAAAUGAUUUAUUUUACAUGGAAAUUUCAUGCGGACAAAUUGUACCAAAAGGAUUUGCUACCUUACAGUAUGAAGUAGCAUGUCUAGAUAUAUCUCCAUUAGAUGGUAAUACCGAAGCAAAAAUCGCUGCGGUAGGUUUGUGGACUGAUAUUUCUGUUCGUAUUUUAACUUUACCUGCUUUGGAAGAAAUCAAUAAAGAAUUACUUGGAGGUGAAAUUAUACCUAGAUCUAUUCUAAUGACAUGCUUCGAAGGUAAUACAUAUCUCUUAUGCGCUCUUGGAGAUGGUAGUAUGUAUUACUUUACUUUACACAAACAAAAUGGUAUACUUUCUGAUAAAAAGAAAGUUACUUUGGGUACACAGCCAACAGUCCUAAGAACAUUCAGAUCAUUGUCUACUACCAAUGUUUUUGCAUGUUCUGAUAGGCCGACUGUAAUUUAUUCAUCAAAUCAUAAACUAGUAUUCAGCAAUGUUAAUUUGAAAGAAGUAAACCACAUGUGUUCUUUAAACGCGGAAUCAUAUCCUGAUAGCUUAGCAUUAGCAACUGACAGUACUGUGACAAUAGGAACAAUAGAUGAAAUACAAAAACUGCACAUUCGAACAGUUCCUCUUGGUGAAUCGCCGAGACGAAUUGCUUACCAAGAAAGUUCUCAAACAUUCGGUGUAAUAACGAUGCGGGUUGAUAUUCAAGACAGUAGCGGUGUUAGCAUUGUAAGACAUUCAGCAUCAACACAGGCUGCCUCAACAUCUAGCAGCAGUCACAUUGCAUCUCACAAUAAGCCUACAGCAAGUGAUAUUAGUCAAGAAAUUGAAGUACAUAAUCUACUCAUUAUAGAUCAACAUACUUUUGAAGUUUUACAUGCACACAUGUUAAUGCCUAAUGAAUAUGCAUUGUCAUUAAUAUCAACAAAAUUGGGUGAAGACCCUACUUUCUAUUAUGUGGUUGGAACUGCCCGUGUUAAUCCUGACGAAACUGAGCCAAAAAUGGGUAGAAUACUUUUAUAUCAUUGGAAUGAUGGAAAACUUACACAGGUUGCUGAAAAAGAAAUCAAAGGGUCAUGUUAUUCUUUGGUCGAAUUCAAUGGAAAACUUCUUGCUAGUAUUAAUAGCACUGUUCGUUUGUUUGAAUGGACUGCAGAAAAAGAACUCAGGCUAGAAUGUAGCCACUUUAAUAACAUAAUUGCUCUUUACUUGAAAACAAAAGGAGACUUUGUUUUAGUUGGAGAUCUCAUGAGAUCUCUUACAUUGCUACAAUAUAAAACAAUGGAAGGUAGCUUUGAAGAAAUUGCAAGAGAUUAUAAUCCAAACUGGAUGACUGCUAUUGAAAUUCUAGAUGAUGAUACAUUCUUAGGUGCUGAAAAUUGUUUCAAUCUUUUUGUCUGUCAAAAGGAUAGUGCUGCUACGUCAGAAGAUGAAAGACAACAAAUGCAAGAAGUUGGACAAUUUCACUUAGGUGAUAUGGUCAAUGUUUUCCGACAUGGAUCUUUAGUAAUGCAAAAUUUAGGUGAAUCAAGUACUCCUACACAAGGUUGCGUAUUGUUUGGUACCGUCAGCGGUGCAAUUGGUUUGGUUACACAAAUUCCAUUUUCAUUCUAUGAAUCUUUAAGAAAUCUUGAAGACAGAUUAACAAGUGUAAUAAAAAGCGUUGGUAAAAUAGAACAUAACUUUUGGAGGAGUUUUAAUACUGAACUAAAAAUUGAACAGUGUGAAGGAUUCAUAGAUGGAGAUUUGAUAGAAAGUUUUCUCGACUUAAGUCCCGAUAAAAUGGCGGAAGUUGCGAUGGGUCUUAUGAUCGACGAUCCUAGUGGCAUGAAAAAAGAAGCAACAGUAGAUGAUCUUGUAAAAAUAGUAGAGGAUCUUACAAGAAUACAUUAAAAUGUAGUUUUUUGCCUGAUUUGUAUAGUUUAUUACAUUUUAAGAAGCUCACAGACGGAUAGAUCGGUAAGGAAAGUCUUAAUAUUUGAAAAAUGAAUUAAGAAUUGUACGUAUAAUUAUAUAUUUAUCAUUAGUAGUACAAGAAAAAGCAGUACAUUUUCUUCAAUGUUAUCCUUAUAAAAGCUGUUUUCAAUAAUAUACACUUAAAUUUUUGUAGUUUGAUUUAGAGUUGUAUUACUAUAAUAGUUCACUUACUUUGUAAGUACAUGCAUCUGAAUUUUGGUCAAAAAGUUUUUGAAUUUAUUUUAAGAACGGAUUAUUCUUAUCACUAACAUUUAUUAAACAGUAAGUACUUAGGUGGAAUGAAUUCAAAAACUUUUUGAUCAACUUUUACAGUUAUUGUGAAAAUUAAUGAAAUUAAUAUCAAACUACAAAAGAAAUCUCUUAUGCCUAGAGAUGAAUAAUGAGUUUUAUUUGUGAUAUUUCCAUUUUUCAAUGCAAACAGAAAAAUUUGAGGAAAGUUUAGCAAUAUGUUACAUUAAAAUAAUAUCGGUGUCAGCUACUGAUAAGUUUCUAUCUGUAUAAUCUUUAUACCUUCAUAAGAUUGAGUGUAAAUAAAAAGAAAUAUUCAUUUCCAGAUAAAA